AUGUCGGUGUCAGGCUCUUUGACCGAGGAGGUGGGGGGCGCUCUGUCCUGGCCCCGGGUGCUUCUUUUCGGGGACUCCAUUACUCAGUUUUCUUUCCAGCAUGGUGGAUGGGGAGCAUCACUGGCUGACAAGCUGGUCAGAAAAUGUGAUGUUCUAAAUCGUGGAUUUUCAGGUUAUAAUACUAGAUGGGCUAAAAUCAUUCUUCCCAGAUUAAUCAGGAAAAGUAGUAAUGCUGAAGACCUUGUUGCAGUUACGAUUUUCUUUGGUGCCAAUGAUAGUGCUUUAAAAGAUGAGAAUCCCAAGCAACACAUUCCUUUGGAUGAGUAUGCUGAGAAUUUAAAGAACAUGAUAAAAUAUCUAAAGUCUGUGGAUAUUCCUGAAAGUAGAGUUAUUCUUAUAACACCACCCCCGCUUCAUGAAUCAGCUUGGGAAAAGGAGUGUACUGCUCAAGGCUACAAAUUAAACCGAUUGAAUAUGGUUGUUGGUGAAUAUGCCAAAGCCUGUUUGCAAGUGGGCCAAAACUGUGGGGCAGAUGUUCUUGACCUGUGGACAUUAAUGCAAAAGGAUAACGAGGACUUUUCUCUGUAUUUAUCUGAUGGGCUGCAUUUAUCACCAAAGGGAAAUGAAUUUCUCUCAUCACAUCUUUGGCCUUUGCUGGAGAAGAAAGUAGCCUCACUUCCUUUGAUCCUUCCUUAUUGGCGGGAUGUCGCUGAAAUGAAACCUGAACACAGUCUCCUAGGGGAUGGUGACCAUUAAUUAAUUACUUAGAAAGCAUUAAAGUGCCAAUGACAUUUCUAGAAAUA